UAUAAUGCGCAGGUAUUCUCUUUUUGUAUACAUAUAUAACGAAGAUGAUAAUAAAACAAACAAAAAAAAACAAAUACAUACAAUCGAAUUUCCACACAACGUAGAAUGUUGCUGUGUCGACGGAUGCGAUGGCGACGGGCGACGCACGGCACGUCGUUAUUUGUAGUAUAUAAAGUACACAUGACGGCGUCAUAUUUUAUGUGAAAAUGUUAUUUAGUCUUGAAGUCGAUACGAAUUAAGAAGGGUCACAAGACAAAUAUUGUUUUAUUUUUUCCCAUAGUAUCUAUUAAAAUAAAAUAUGAAGCGACUUUCAACAAAUUUCGAUGAAUCAACUGAAAUAACUUUUGAAGAGAAAUUAAUCGCUGCAAUAGAAAAACAUUCUUGUCUUUAUGAUAAGAAUGCAGUAAAUUAUCGAAAGAAAUCCAUAAAGCAGAAUGCAUGGGAAGAGGUUGCAGCAGAUGUUAGAUCAAAUGUAAAAGAAUGUAAAUAUCGUUGGAGAUCUCUUCGUGAUCGAUAUGUAAGAGAAAUAAGAGAGAACUCAAAUUGCAAAUGGAAAUAUAUGAAUCGGCUUUCAUUUCUCAAUCCUUAUUUACGAAACAGUAAUAUCAGUAGCACAGAGGAAGAAGUAUCGUGCAGUGCUUUAGAAUCAUUUACUCAAACCAUCGAAUAUGAAGAAGAGAACAAAAAUAUGAAUCAGCAAGUAACUGAAACAUCAAUUCCCAAAUCUGAAGAAAACACAGUGAUAGAUUUAGACGAAAAUGUAGAACUAGAGAUGGAAGACACAGAUGAAGAUGUCGAAGAGAUACCAGCACCAGAUCCGAAGGCAUUUGUUGCGAUUUCUUGUAGCAGUCAAUUAACACCAUUAACAACAAUUCCAACAACAUUUCAAAAUGACGCAGCAGCAAAGAGAAAAAGAAUGGAUUCGGUAGAGAGUAGUGGAAGGAUUAGCAUUGUGUCGGAAGCAAAUAGUGCAGAUAUAGAAUGCACAGCAAAGAGCCGAAAUGAAGACUAUUACAAAACCCUUGACAGUUAUAUGCUUCAGCUACCGUUGAAUUUGCAAGAUGAUCUUAAAAUUGAAAUACUUAAUAGAGUUUAUUGUGAAAUAAAAAAGCAAAAACCCUUUUAAGGGUCAAUCUUUAUA